AUGGUCUUUGCACGCCGUUCAGUCUUCCGCGCUGCGACUGCAGCUCAGUCCUUCCGUGCCGCUCCUGUUGUCCGCCAGUCUGCCCAGAUCCUCGGUCGCCGAUUCAAUUCUACUAGCAGCAGCUAUCACCCAGGGCAUACAACCAGUGACUUGCCUUGGCUCGCGGUCUCUGCUGCUGUGACCGUUCCAAUGGUCUUUUACCUCUGGCCUUCCGGUUCGGAGGGACACCACGACGCUCACGGGGACGAACAUAAGGAGGAACACGCGAAGGAAGGCGGCGAGGUAGAGGAGGCUGCUGCAGAGAAGCCUGCCGAGGAACCCUCCGAGGCGGCGCCGCAGAAGGAGGAAAAGACGGACACCGAGGAGAAGGAAGAGCCCGAGGAGAAGGAAGAGCCCGAGGAGAAGGAAAAGCCCGAGGAGAAGGAAGAGUCCAAGGAGGAAGAAAAGGAGGAGAAACCCAAGGAUGAUGACUCCAAGGAAAACAAGGACGACAAGAAAGAUGAGUCCAAGGAGGAAGAGCCUAAGGAGGAGUCCAAGGAAGAUGCUGGGAAGAACGAGAACGAUGAUGGCGAGUCUAAGAACUGA